UACUACGAACUUAGGGUUCAUUUCAGAUCUCUGUCUUGACGAGGUGCUCUUGAAUUCUCUUCUCUGCACUUUUUGAAGUUUUCUGCGUUCGAUCGCAGGUGUGAUUCCGUUACGCAAGCUUGAUUUUGAUGUCUUGUUUGAUCGGGACGAUGUUGUCUUGGCGAGUAGGUAGGUUGGUGUUUGGUCAUGAGAAGAUACAGUCCACCGUAUUACAGCCCUCCGAGGAGAGGAUAUGGUGGUCGAGGGAGAAGUCCUCCUCCUAGACGUGGAUAUGGUGGGCGUAAGGGCUCAAACCAUGGAAGCCUUUUGGUUCGAAACAUUCCUCUUGAUUGCAGGCCGGAAGAGCUCCGAGUUCCUUUCGAGAGGUUUGGACCUGUUAGGGAUAUUUAUAUCCCUAGGGAUUAUUAUUCUGGGGAACCCCGUGGAUUUGCUUUUGUGGAGUUUGUGGAUUCAUAUGACGCUGCUGAGGCUCAGUGGAGCAUGAAUAAGAGAAUAUUUGCUGGGAGGGAGAUUACUGUCGUUGUUGCUGCAGAGUCGAGGAAAAGGCCUGAGGAGAUGCGUGUGAAGACGAGGACAACUAGGGGACCUUCAAGCCAUGGAGGUCGAUCUUCUGCCUACUACGGACGUUCUCGGUCACGCUCAGCCUCACAUUCACGCUCUCCUCUCCGUCCAUCGGACUCUAGAAGCAGAUACAGAUCAAGAUCGUAUUCCCCUGCUCCAAGGCAAAGGGCAGAUUACUCUGCAUCUCCAAGGCGAAAGCAAGAAGAACACCAAAGAUCACCACCAGCCCGAGAUCCUACCCGAGAAGAAAACAGAAAAUACAACCGCAGGUCCUAUUCUCCCGGAUAUGACAAUGCUGUAGAUGGGGACAGAAAUGGAGACAAUGAGUACAGAGAGAAAUCGGACUAUGGAGCAGAGGAAAGGCGACGUGAGUGGAACUCAUCGCCGAGAAAGGCAUCAAAAUCGCCAUCGGGAUCUCGAUCCAGGUCUGCAGACUUAUCCCCUAGAUGAAAGCCUUGUGAAAAAAAAACCCCUCUUUUUCUGUCCCCCAAAAGAUAAAACUCAAAAAACAAAAAUGAUGCAAGGUCUGUAUGUGUCUGUUGUCUUUCCUCUGUUAGCAAGUUUAAACUCUGGUUUCUAUAACAACAUGGGCUUGUAAACGAUCGUAAGUCUGCUGCAUCCCCUCUCUCUCUCCAUUGCCAUAUUCUGAGUUUUUUUUA